UACGAACUGAAAUAUUGAUAUAAGCCUAAAACUUGUUUCAUUUGCGAGCUGAACUUGUUUCUUCUUCACUUUCAAGAUAUUCAAUCAAUUUUUGCAUAAUCAUAUCCCUCAUCAUAAAAAUAUCUUAAUAAUAAGGUGGACUGACUAGACUCAUCACCCAAAAUCUAAAUUAAAAUUCAAUCUUUUCUCUGAAAAACCCAUCUAAAGAAAGCAUCAAACAAUAAAAACAUGGCACUACCUAUACAGUAUACAUCCACUAAGUAAUGUCAAAACUAUAAUGAUGAUAACUUAUACCGACAAAGAUAGAACUUCUUACAUGAUUAAUUUACCUUCAAAUACAAAGUUUCACCACUAACCUUUUCUUCUCUUCAAUUCGUCUUCUUAACUCAAAACUCCUCCCCCCAUAAUCAUGUAUCAGGCAGCCCUAACCAAGCUGAUAUUAGCGCUUAACUUAGGGGUGUCCUCCAAUUUAAAGGCACCCAUGUUUAUGUCCCCAAGUUUAGUGGCAAUAUUAGUAGGUAGUGGGUUGGUGAUUUACUAUUUGUAUGCACCAUAUUGGAAGGUUAGAAAGGUACCUGGUCCUCCACCUUACCCUUUGGUUGGUCACCUUCCCUUGAUGGCUAAGUAUGGUCCUGAUGUUUUCGCCGCCUUGGCUAAGCUCUAUGGUCCUAUUUUCAGAUUUCAUUUGGGGAGACAACCACUAGUGAUAAUAGCAGAUGCAGAGCUAUGCAGAGAAGUUGGUAUAAGGAAGUUCAAAUAUCUUCCCAAUAGAAGCAUUCCUUCCCCUAUUUCUGCUUCAACUCUUCACCAAAAAGGUCUUUUCUUCACCAGGGAUACAAGGUGGUCAACAAUGAGGAACACAAUAAUCUCAAUGUACCAACCUUCUCAUUUAGCUAGUUUACUACCCACAAUGCAAUCAUUCAUAGAAUCAGCAACACAAAAUCUCAAUUUCCACCUUCACAACGAAGACAACGACAACAACAACAACAACAACAACAACAACGACGAAGAUGUUAUCUUCUCAAACUUUUCCCUCAAGUUAGCAACUGACAUUAUAGGACAAGCAGCAUUUGGCAUCAACUUUGGCCUAUCAAAACCAAACGAUCAACCAAAAACUAAUGAAGUCUCUGAUUUUAUAAACCAGCAUAUAUAUUCCACUACCACACUAAAAAUGGACCUCUCUGGAUCAUUUUCAAUCAUAUUAGGCCUAUUAGUCCCAUUCCUACAAGAGCCAUUUAGACAGAUUCUUAAGAGGAUUCCGAAAACUAUGGACUGGAAAACCGAAAGGACUAACAGUAAGUUGAGUAGCCGGCUUAAUGAGAUUGUCACGAGAAGAGACAACGAAGAGAAGAGAGAUUUGAAGGAUUUCUUAUCCCUUAUAUUAAGUGCAAGGGAUUCUGAUAAAGUGUCAAGGAAUUUGUUCACUUCAGAUUAUGUUAGUGCACUUGCUUAUGAACACCUCUUAGCUGGUUCAGCAACAACAGCUUUUACUCUGUCUUCAAUUCUCUAUUUAGUUUCUGGACAUUCUGAGGUUGAGAAGAAGUUGGUUCAAGAGAUUGAUGGGUUUGGACCGCGUGAUCAGGUACCCACGGCUCAUGAUCUGCUGCAUAAGUUUCCCUAUCUCGAUCAGGUAAUCAAGGAAUCUAUGAGAUUAUACACAGUUUCCCCACUAAUUGCGAGAGAAACCACUGCACCUGUUGAGAUAGGAGGCUACCUACUCCCUAAGGGGACAUGGGUAUGGUUGGCACCUGGUGUUCUAGCCAAGGAUCCGAAGAACUUUCCUGAACCAGAGAAAUUCAGGCCAGAGAGAUUCGAUCAGAAUGGGAAAGAGGAGAAAAAUAGGCACCCAUAUGCUCACAUACCCUUUGGAAUUGGUCCAAGAGCUUGUAUUGGCCAAAAAUUCGCUAUGCAAGAAAUAAAGCUCUCAAUCAUUCACCUAUACCGUCAUUAUGAGUUUCGACACUCUCCUAAGAUGGAGGUACCAUUAGAGCUAGACUAUGGUAUCAUCCUAAACUACAAGCACGGAGUCAAACUUCAAGUCAUCAAGCGAAGAAUGUAACAUACCAAAACCAUAUGCGCAGGAAGAGAGGUUGAAGUGGUGUUCCACAAGCUCUUCUGGAUAGCUGCUAAUGCCUUUUGGGGUAGUUUUUUGCACAUCUGUUUUGAUCUUGCACAUAUUCAUUGAGUAGAAAAUAUAUAACAUUAAAAGUAGUUGGUGCAAAGAUGUUUUGUAAGUGAAGCUAAAAACAGGAAUGCUUCCCAGUUUGAUAAUUUGUGCAGAUUAUGCAACACCAAUUAUUUAUGAAAUGUGAAUUUGUUUCUCAUUAUUUGUGUUUACUUCAUGAUUACAAACAGUAAAAUUACAAACAUCAAUAUCCCCAUUUGUAUUACAACUUUGACUACUUUUUGUUGUUGUUUUAGCUUCUUCUUCAUUUGCUUCAAUUCUUCUUGCAUCUUACUGUUUCGCCUGUUUUCAAUACUUUCUCCUUCGUCUAAGCUUCCCCCGCAUUGUCCUUCGUGUUGUUGCCCCUUGUUUUCUUGCUCAACUACUCCCUUGUACCAUCUCAGAUUGUUUCAAGGAUCACACUUGUGGUACAACCUUUGUGGAUUGAGUGUUAUAUCAGAGCUUCGAAUGACAAAUUUCUUACCACAAUAACAAAAUUUGGUAGGUACUCUAAUAUAUGUGGACUCAUUGGGUGUGGAUGAUGAUUUUGAAAGAAAACUCAUGACAAAAAUCUUAUGAAAUUAGCAAUGCAAAUCAAAAUAACAUCUAACUUACAAGAACCAUUCAGCAAAGGGGCUUUUAUAGUCAACCGUGACCAACAGCUACCUUUCAAACACAAAAACUAGUCGCUGAAACAUCAAAAUAGCUAUAUUUAAGUUUGGGGCAUUUGGUGGAAAUAAGUUUCACAAU